GGAUUAGUUACCUAAUGACGUAACAUCGCGAACCCGUACGAACCCCACUACUACAUAGUAUAAAACGUGGUACCUGGUCUAGACCACUUUGAGACAUUCGGUAGGUAGGUACCUACCUGUAGGGCAGCUAUACAUCGUCAUAUAAUUCUACAUACUUACAAAUUCUCCCUUACAAAUAAGCCACUUCUAUUUCUAUUCGUUUCAGGGACUUCUGAAGUUCUAGGUUAUCAAAUUCUCAUCCUAUAAGAGGUACUUACAAGACUCAGGGCCUAGACGGAGUUCUAAUGAAUGCUAAGUCCUACGCCAAUCCGUCUUCUUAAUACUCUUUCUAAGCAUAAAAUGUCAUCGUCACCAAAAGAAAUCACGAUAAUAGGAGGCGGCAUCAUUGGAUGCUGCACCGCCUACUUCCUCACCCGACAUCCCUCCUAUUCCCCCGAAACGCAUCGCAUAACUCUCCUCGAAGCCUCCACUAGCAAUGCCGGAGGACGUACCUCGGAUAGCAUCACAGACCCAGCUACGUUAGCUGACCCUGAAACCGCAUCGAAGAGAAACCCCGCCCACGAUGGAAUUGCCGGAGGCGCAAGCGGGAAAGCAGGAGGUCUGCUUGCGCUGUGGGCUUUUCCUAAGAGUAUCGUACCUUUAAGUUUUAAGCUACACGAUGAGCUCGCGAAAGAAUAUGGUGGAGAUAAGAGAUGGGGAUAUAGACGAUGUUAUGCAAGCCAGAUUGAUUGCCUGGCCCGUCUACCGCCUGGCUUCAGCAAUAGCAGGACGGACGAAAAUAAUACAGACGAUAUGACAUCCGUCAGCAGUGAGACAGAGCCUCGUUCGAAGGGGUUACAUAAGAACCACAAAAAGGAAAUCAAAACAUUAGAGAAACUUGGCGCCCCUGAAGACCUAGACUGGCUAGAUACCAACGAGGCUCUGACCGCUUACGAGGGGAUGGGCACCCCGGAAGACACAGCUCAGGUCCAUCCCGAAUUAUUUACCAGAAGCAUGGCCCAAUUAGCCGAAGAAAAAGGAGUCAAGAUCGUGACCGGCGCGAGGGUCACGAGCAUUAACAAGACGGCAGACGGCAAGAGCGUAGAGAGCGUGACGUACGAGAAAGACGGAAAGGAGGAACGGUUACCCACCACGGAUUGCGUAGUAGCCGCCGGCCCAUGGACACGACGUCUUCUUCCCGAAAUACCCAUUACCGCAGCCCGAGCUCACAGCGUCGUCAUCAAGACGCCGAAGCCCGUGUCCGCAUACGCCCUCUUCACUUCGAUCAGGCUCCCCGUCGGCUUUCCCACCCCGACACCUAGAGACUCCAGAGGAGCGCCGGGCGCGCAGCGGCCGCUGAUGGGACAGCGAAUUGUCGAACCUGAAAUCUACGCGCGACCUGACGGCACCGCUUACGCCUGUGGGCCUACAGAUGAUAUAGUCGACUUACCAGAAACGACGGCCGAAGUCGAAGUCGACGUAGCCCGAUGCGAGGACAUCAUAUAUCAAGUCAGCGCCAUUAGUGAUGAGUUAGGGAAGGACGGCCAGGUUCUCGCGAAGCAGGCAUGUUACUUACCCCAAGGAGGACCCUAUAUUGGCGCCAUCAGCCACACGAAAGGGCUCGUAGUUGCCGCAGGGCACACAUGCUGGGGUAUACAAAACGCGCAUAGUAGAUUAUAGACGGGAAGCCAAGAGCUUCGUGAACUAAUAUAUCUAAUCUCGGACAAGGAGCCAACAUAUUAAAUCUCUUUCACAUAGAUGACCGGUAUUUCUUAAAACAUGUAGCGACAUGAUCGAUAGGGAUUAAAUAGGUCGAGCUAGGUAGGUAAGGACCUAUCUUAUAAAUCUGCCCUUGCUUCUUCCCCCGCCCAAGCUCGUCGUAUCAGCUCUCUUAUUAUGUCCCUUUCGAUAGGGAUAGGCCGAGGGUUCCAGUAAGGAUUGCUCACUGCUAUAUCUGUUGCCUUAUCUAUGUUACUCUCCUGCGUACACACGGCCUUUAGCCCCCUUUUCACUGUCAACUUCUGCAAGAGCUUUAACCCCUUCUUGAGCAAAGAGGUUAAUAAUGGGGUUAAUAUUGCGAGCGUAUAACGCUUCGACCGGAGUAUGCAUUGUGGCUUCGGCAAACACCCCGGAAACAGCAUCGCCGAGAACGCCCUUCAGUAAGUCGAUAUGGCUCACAUGCUGAGGCGGGCUAAGGAGGAAAGGUUUAGAUACAUUUGCCCGCGAAAGUUCUUCUGGAAUCUUUUUGGUGGUGCCGCUACUGAAAGCGACGCGAGAGGGACUUGAGUUGUACUCGAACCUAUCCAUAUUAGACAGCAAAUACUUAUAAUUACCUAUUCAUAUAAAGCUCUCAUUUGCUGCCAUUAUAGUUAAGUAGAAAUAAUAAUAACUCUCGAUGAUCA